ACAACUCAAAUACAACUGAACAAGACGUAUGACAGGGACUCUAUAGAGCAGACUCUGACUCCUGCAGGGGAUUUGGAAAACAUCAGGUUUGUGACAGCAGUAAUCCGAAUCAAGAUUUUCAUCAACUGGGUUGCACAGGAAAUUCAGCAAUGGCUGCAUCCCGGGGAACUCGUAUUGGUCCUUCACGUGAACAUCAUCACUCAUUAUACUUCCGAGUCCUUCUGCGUUCUUCAACUGAUCAAAGAACAUCCUCCAACUGGACCAAACAAUCACCGUGUCCCGGAACACAUCGGAUCCGUGACAGCAGUAAUCCGAGUCAAUUGUUUCAUUAACUGGGUUGCACAGGAAAUUCAGCAAUGGCUGCAUUCCGGGGAGCUCGUAGUCGUCCUUCACGUGCAGGUCAUCUUUCAUGAUACUUCCGAGUCCUGCUGCGUUCUUCAUCUGAUCGAAGAACAUCCUCCAACUGGACCAAACGAUCACCGUGUCCCGGGGUUGCUUGACAUGUGGAAAAACAAAGACAUCUUCAGCAUGCAGAAUGGGAUGCUUUCAGUCCGAGUAGGACAUGGUGAUGAAACGGUGACCUUACGUAUUGGAAAGAGGGACCAGUUACUCAAGGGUUAUGCUGCUCGACAGGGGCUCCCAGUCGUUCCGAUUCCACCUGGAAUUUCAACUCAUCAGGUUUCUACUUCGCAAACUCCAGCUCGACCAAGUGCUUCUUCGACGGGAUCUACGUCAGUGAUGCAAAACCAAGCAUCAAAGCCUUUGACAUCAUCCCAAAUGAAGUCAACUGGCUCUUCAUCCAAACCGUCCUCAGUUCCAUUGCUUCAGACACCAGGAGAGAGAUCAGGAUCUUUACCACCAAAUUUGGCUGAGACGACUUCGUCAAUUUUCACUGUCACUACGGAAGCGGAGUCUAUAUUGGACCCUGGUAUUACUGAUGCUUAUAUCAGGAUCGGAAAGGGACGGGAUACGUUUGUGUCCCAUAUUGAUCCCAACCGGAUUUCCCAGAAACCUGUUUUUGACUUUUCCCAUAUGACAUCGGAUCUUCCCUUUGAGGUUUUCCAGUAUUCUGUCAGUGGGAUUUCGUUUGCUCACAGAACAAGCUACACACCGGCGGAGUGGAAGAAGAAGGUUUACGAGGAUCUGCAUCUAAGCGAGGAUUUUGAAUUUGCUCAAGUUUACGUUCAAAUGGGCACCAACGAUUUUAAGAAUCUGGCUACGAGGACUUGGGAUCUGCAAGAUACUACAUUUGACAAGCUGAUGGAAGAGUUUAAUACUUUUAUGAGUAAUGUCGCUCUGGAAUUCGGAGUUACAGCUUUUGCUCUUGGGGCUUCUCCACCUCCGAUCUGCCAGUAUUCUUCGUUCGUCCACUCCGGCUUGGUCAAGGAUUACCAGGGUUUGCCUAUUUUCCCCUUACGAUUCUCGGAUGGAUCUCGCCAAAUAGCUGAUUCUAUAAGAACAAACGCCGCACAUGCCCUUCAAGAUGCCGUCCAUAAUUACUUGGUAUCUAUCGUGGGGAUACGGCAAGGAAAUUUAAAGAUUGAAGGCCCUGCCUGGAUUCCGCUUCCCACUCCAAUAUUGCAUUUAUUUCCCUUUGCCAAGACUUGCGACAUCCGAGGCGCUUUUGGACAUCUUUUCAUGCGAGCCUACUUGGUCUUAACCAGAGAUCAUGUGCUAGCAAUUCAAUUUGGUUUGGCCAUAGAGUUUGGUGUCCAAAAAUGGAAAGAUAUAAGUUCUUGUUAUGGAACCCCCCCUGCUUGGCUUCCGGAUGGGACUGCUACGUGUGGAAAAUCUCCUCGUCGAGUUCAUAAUCAUUGCGGGGCUAAUGGUGAAGCCUACUGUUUCGGAAAGCCCCAUGGAACCUUGAAACGAAUUGGAGAACAGCUAAUACCUCCCAAUCCAUUUGAUGUAUUUCCAAAGGUUUUCUGUCAAGGCAUUAUUGAUGAGUGUUUCUCGCUGGAGUUCAUCCAUGGAAGCUACGAAAUUGAUCUGACUGGAGAAAAUUCGGCCGACUUCAAAUUGCGAGAUCGUCAUAUUGGAAAGAUUGUUGUUGGUUCUUUA